CUUGCUGGAGCGAUGCUGCUACUGUGAUCUGUUAGUAGAGUCUGGUCGAUUGAACGCUGCUGCAGGAUUGUUGUCAUUUUUCUGUGGCUAGCCUUCAGCGCUAGCUAGCCGUUUGAUUCUCUCCAACAUACUUUGAUCCAGCAGGAUGUUAGUAUGGAGUGUGGCCCAGUUCUGCCGGACAGCCUGGUGUUGGAGAUCUUCCUGCGUCUGCCCCAUGAUGCCGUGCUGAGAGCUGGUCUGACCUGUAGACAGUGGCUGGCUGUCUCUAGAGAUGAGUUCCUUUGGAGGGAACUGUUCUACAGCUACUACCGCAUACCGCGCUCCGUACCCCGGCACCCAGCGUCCGUGUCGUGGUACAGAGAGUUCAGGCGUCUGUAUGACUGUAUCCCCUGUGUGGAGGUUCAGACACUGAGAGAGCACACUGACCAGGUCCUCCACCUGGCUUUUUCUCACAGGGGUCAUCGCUUCUCCUCCUGCUCCAAAGACUGCACCGUUAAGCUAUGGGACACGGAGCGGCAGGAUGGUAAUAUCUCGCUGGUGCACAGCUCCAGCAUGCGGCAGUUUAACUGGGGCUACACCCAGUUCUCCCAGUUCAACGCUGACGACACCCUGCUGCUGGUGUCUGGUGUCUACCUGGGCCCACACCACUCCUCGUCUGGGGAAAUCGCCGUCAUCAGUCUGGAAAACUACACGCUGUUGUCACGUGUGAGGAACAAGCCGUAUGACGUGUUUGGCUGCUGGCUGAAUGAGACCCACCUGAUCUCUGGGAACCUGCACUGGAUUGGAAACAUGACGUCUUGCUCUGUGCUCUGGCUAAACAAAGCCUUCCAGGAUGUUGAGUCAGAGAACGUCAAUGUCGUCAAGCGCCUUUUCAAGAUCCAGAACGUCAACGCCAGCACCAUUCGCACGGUGAUGGUGGCCCACUGCCGUCGUCAUGACAACCCGGACUUGCUGCUGGACUACGAGGCUCAGUCCCAGGCUCGACGGCAGAAAGGGCAGCAGCAGCAGCAGCACCAGCCCCUCCUCUUUGACCUGGGAACCUCCGGCAGUGAGGAAGAAGAUGAGGAAGCCGAGGGGGGCGAGGAGAGCCAGAGGGAAGAGAGGUUCGCCACCGGCCGCCUUCCUCAGCCCACCAUGUCAAGCCUGGACCACGUUAUAGAAAAUCGUAAAAAAGUUGGGAAAAUGGAAUUGAAGAUUGAGACCCAUGUGGCUAAGAUGAUAGGCUCAGCCCACACGAAGGCCCCUGACACCAGCCUAAUUGAUCCCUCUGAGCCUGGGGACGGAGAGGACAAAACAUAUUUACUCUUCACCACCGGCAGCCUUACAUACUCCCCUCACCAGAUAGGUAUUAAGCGGAUCAAGCCCGACCAGAUGACCACUUGUGGUCCUGUCCUUGGGGAAGAGCGGAGUUCAGAUGAGUUCUUUGACUCCCUCGACCAUGUUAUCGAUAUUCACGGACACAUCAUUGGUAUGGGCCUUUCUCCAGACCACAGGUACCUUUAUGUGAAUAGCCGGGCCUGGCCAGCCGGCUGUGUGAUAUCUGACCCCAUGUCUCCUCCUCCCAUUGCCGAGGAGAUCGACCUGCACGUCAUUGACCUGAAGAGUUUGAGGGAGGAGAGAAGGAGCCUGCGCGCUCACCGAGCCUUCACGCCCAACGACGAGUGCUUCUUCAUUUUCCUUGACGUCAGCAGAGACUUUGUUGCAAGUGGAGCAGAGGACAAGCACGGGUACAUCUGGGACCGCCACUACAACAUCUGUCUGGCACGACUGGCACAUGACGACGUGGUGAACUCGGUGGCAUUCAGCCCCGCUGACCAGGAGCUGCUGCUGUCUGCCAGUGAUGACUCUACCAUUAAGGUGUGGCGCUCGCCACGCAUGGUCCGCCUGUCGCAGGCCCCCACCCGGCCCUCGAGGCCCCGCGGCCUCCUGUCCUCCUGGCUGGGCCGCAACAAGAACUCGACGUCUGCCAGCAGUGUGAAUGGAAAACCAUGAGUCAGGCCUGAAAACACUUGCAGCGGGAGGGAACAGGGAGGGGAAAGUCUAAUCUUUUUCCUCUGUGGUGUGAAUAUAUAUAUGCACUCCAUGUAUAUGUACAGUGUGGUUUUGCUUGAGCUCACGGUGUUGUGACACACAGCAGUGCUCGGUGUCUUCAGCUAACAGGAGGCGGGGACGUGAUGUGACUCAGGGUAAGACACAAGAGAGCACCGUUGCACCAGCAAAGGACAGAAACCACCACGGACUCGCUGACAGGAGUGAUAAGAAAUGUUCUCACAGGUAGAGGUAGUGUAGAGCUGACACCUUAAUGCACAAGACAGACGUCCAAACAUGUUACCCAAGAGAUGGUGUUUGUCUGUUUUUAUCUGUCACGCUGUGUCUGAACAGGUCAGGUCUCCUGGGCCUGAGGUGAAAACUUGUGUAAAUGUCCUGCAGAGACAGCGACUUAUGAUCAUGGUUGUCAUGUCCUGUUCAUCAGAGGCAAAGUGCUGUAACUGAGAAAUGUCUUUUCUUAUUAAUGGAUGUGUCCAAUUGAUGUCUUGAGUAUAAACUCCCUAGAAACCCUGUUUUCAGAUAAUUAUGAAACCAUUUAAAACCAAAAGGGAAGAUGACACUUAGCUGCAUUAACUGCAGUCUGCCUUGGUUUUUAAAUUACAUCCCAUCCUUUGUUUUUGUGCCCCAGAAAUGAUCAAUCACUACUCUAUUGAAAGUAGAAUUAUUGAGUAAUUUAAGCUAGAAGUGUGGUGGAGGAACAGUUGGCGUGAAGCAUGACUGAACAAAAAAAUGUUUGUGUAGAUUAUUGUUAUUUGGACCUAUAUUAUGUAGAAAUGUAUUUAAACACCUUUUAUUCAUUGUAGCAAAAAGAAAUGCACCCUUUAAUUUGUCAAAAGACUCUUUAAAACAAUGAGCUAAAUCUCAGAAAUGUAUGUCUCCUGGCUGUAUUUUAAUUUUAAAAGAUCUUUUCUUCCCUCAUCAUUACAUGUGAGCGAGCUUCCCAGCAGAUAAAAUCCAAACAUAGAGAAUGGAUCCAUGAACCCUGGAGCCCUUCUGAAUACAACUAGAACUACAGAUUUUUUUUUUUUAUUAAGGUUGUAUUGCUGUUGAAACAACACCAAGAACAAUAAAGAAAAAACUUGCAGAAGCAGAAUUUCAUGCCCAUUUAAAGUCACAGAAAUGUCCCUUAAUUCUUUAAUUUAGACGUCAUAUAUCACACAUUAAAAGUACCACACAAUAUAUUUGCUGACAUUAGAUCAAUUUAAAGGAAUUAAUAAAUUAAAGGGCUCAUACAGACCACAGUAUAAAGAAGAGGGAAAGUGAAAGUAAACCUUGUGGCGCCUUUUUUGAAAGCCUGAUCACACAGUCUUUAAAUGUGUGUGGGUUACCCCUUCACAUCCCAUCAUGCUUUAGUUAAGGCCCUUGUUUUUUUGUUUUCUCCAAAAGAAAGCAAAACAGAAAGUACUUAAGUUUGCAGUUGCAGUUUAACCAGCAGAAGGUCCAGGUACUUUACCUAGUAAAUAUUUAUGUUUUCCCCUAUCAGUUAUGAUUCCCUGCUGGAGAUUGUGACUAAAAAGAACCUUUAAUUAUGAUUGUGGGUUAUCUCAUGACCAAAGUGAACUGGUUGCAUUUGCAUGUUUUUUUUUGUUUUUUUUAGAGAAAUCUGUGUGACUCCAUCAGCUGACUCUUGCUACCAAUUAUUAAACAAUGUCUGGGGGAAACAAAAGUUUUGAAAUGUGUGUAAUAAGUCAUGAACUUUCUCUCUGGUUCAUUUUGACAACUUUAUCUGUUAUUUUUAUUGUAGCACCACCCUGUUAAUCAUGUGUCCUGUCCUCUAAUGUCAUUUUCAUAUUCCCCUGAAAUAAAAGGCAUGCUGUGAAAGGCCAGAAGUC